AUGUACGAUCCCAGAGAUGCGUUGCUAGUGGACCGGCAUGCGGUGCAGCAAGCAGCAGCAGCAGCAAUAGAGGUGCUGCAGCAGGAGCAGCCGCUGCUGCAGCUGUUUGAGUUUCUCUUCUCUGCUGAAUAUCAAUGGAAGCAGCAGCAGCAGCAGCAGGACCUGCAGCAGGAGCAGCAGCAGCUGGAGCAGCUGCGUGUCUGCUGCAGUUUGCUUUCUCCUUUUUUCCUAAGACAAGAGGCUCACUGCUGCAUCGAGCUGCUGCUGCGGCAGCAGCAGCUGCAUGCGCGCGACCCCGAGACAUUGCUGCUGCUGGCUUUGCCUUUCUAUGAUAGUUUAUUGUUUAGUCGUUUGCUGCUGCUGCUGCAGCUGCAGCAGAACUCCCCAUGGUUCCCGCUGCAGCAGCAGCAGCAGCAGCACAUGGGUCGUCCGAUAUCUCUGCAGCAGAUGCAGCGGCUGCUGCUGCAGCAGAGAGGAGCGUGGCAGGCUGUUGCUGCUGCUGCUGCUGCUGCACUGCAGCCGCUGCAGGAGCCGCUGCAGCGCUGCGGCAUACAAAUCCCCGAAGCUUUUGCUGCUGUUGCUGCUGCUGUUGAUGGGCAGCUGCUGCACUUGCCCAUGCUGCGGCUGUUUGCUUCAGUAGGAUCUGCUGCUGUUGCUGCUGCUGCUGGCGUGCAGCAGCUGCGGCGGCUGGCGCCUCCGCUGCUGCAGACGGUCUUCAUUGCUAUGCGAGGCUCUGCUGCUGCUGCUGCUGCUGGCGGUGGUGCUGCUGCAGUGUACCCCGAGGUGCAGCAGCAGAUGCUGCUGCUGCUCUGUCAACUCAUGUCCAAGGCCCCGCUGCAGCAGCAAGCGCUGCUGCAGAUAUUCAGCUGCGUGCUGCACCCCGUGCUGCAGCAGCAGCAGCUGCAGCCCACCAUUCAAGCUGUUGAGGUGCUGCAGCUCAUGGCGCAGCAGCAGCAGCAGCAACUGCUGCUGCUGCAGCGAGAGCAGCUGCUGCUGCUUACCAAGUGUGAAAAAUUAACUCAGGCAAUACAACAGGUAUUGUCAGGGGGGCUAACGGACCUCCGGGCCUUCUUAGGACUUCUCUUCCGCUCGGCGCUGCGGCAGCUGCUAGCAGAGACACAGCAGCAGCAGCAGCAGCAGCAACAGCAGCAGCAGCAACAGCAGCAGAGUGGAGUGGACCUGAGCCCUCUGGGCAGGCAGAUAAAGAAGCUCCUUUUCAGGCUGUGUGCUCUGCAGCAGCAGAAGCAGCAGCAGCAGCAGCAGCAGCCGCAGCAGCUGGCCGGUGCGGCCCCUCAUGCACCUGCUGCUGCUGCUGCUGGGGUUAGCAGCAGCAGCAGCAGCAGCAGUGCCUCUCUCCUCUUUGCUCUGGGCUCCGAUGAUGCGGCGCUGCGGCUGCAAGCAGUUAGCGACGAGACGACUGCCGAUAGCAUCAGCCCGAAGAACCGCAAGAGCAGCAGCAGCAGCAGCAGCAGCAGCAGCAGCAGCGACAGCUGCAGCAGCGAGCUGCCUCGCAGCAUCCCGCCAAGCUUCAUGCUGCUGCUGCAGCAGCUGCUGCAGCGGCUGGAUGCUGCGAAUCCUCUGGCCCUUCCUGCUGCUCUUACCAUUGCUGCGCAGCAGCAGCAGCAACAGCAGCAGCAGCAGCUGCAGUUCUUCCUCACCACAACUUUCAAGGGCUUGGCGUCCGUCGCGCUGCCGCUGCCGCUGCAGCCUGCUGCUGCUGCUGCUGCUGGGGUUAGCAGCAGCAGCAGCAGCAGCAGCAGCAGCAGCAGUGCCUCUCUCCUCUUUGCUCUGGGCUCCGACGAUGCGGCGCUGCGGCUGCAAGCAGUUCGUGCUGCUGCCGCUGCACUGCAGCAGCAACAGCAGCAACAGCAGCAGCAGCAGCAGCAGCAAAUAGAGGACGACUGCUGCAGUGAGGCGCUGCAGACAGAAGCAGAAAGAGCAGCAGAAGGCCGCCUGCGGCUGCUGGGGUUUUUGCUGCUGCAGCGUAUAGCCGAUGAACAUCUCGAUGUCGCAGUUGAGCAGCAACAGCAGCAACAGCAGCAGCAGCAGCAGCAGCAGAUGGAGGACGACUGCUGCAGUGAGGCGCUGCAGACAGAAGCAGACAGAGCAGCAGAAGGCCGCCUGCGGCUGUUGGGGUUUUUACUGCUGCAGCGUAUAGCCGAUGAACAUCUCGAUGUCGCAGUUGAGGCACUGAAGUCUCUACCGCUGCUGCCAGUGGCGGUUCCGUUCGAGGAGCGAAUUGCUGCUGUUGCAGCGAAGCUGCUGCAGCUGCAGCAGCAGCUGCAGCAGCAUCCUUUUGUAUCGGCAGCAGCAGCAGCACAGCCCCGGUCCCUUGCGCAGCAGAUGGCGCUGCUGCUGCUGAAGAGGCCGCAGCAGCAGCAGCUGUGUGUGCUGCUGCUGCGGCAGUGUGCUGCCUUGCUGCAGGAGGGACGCGAGGCAGCAGCAGCAGCAGCAGAUGCUGCUGCUGCUGAAGAUGGUGAUUCGGAUGAAGACGUAGAAGAGCAGCAGCAGCAGCAGCAGCAGCAGCGGCGGCUGCUGCAGCAGCACGCCAGUCAAGUGGUUCCUCUGGCCGUCUGUUUGUAUGCUGCAGCUGACGCGCAGCAACACUCUGCAGCAGCAGCUGCUGCUGCCCCAGAAGAAGCAGCAGCAGCAACGGCAGCAGCAGCAACGGCAAGCAAAAGAGUAAAUGCUGCAGGCGCUGCUGCUGAGGUGCUGCUGCGGGAAGCAGCAGCGGUGCUGCUGCCCGAGGAGAAGGGAACAAGAGCAGCAGAAGAAGCAGCAGCAGCAGCAGCAGACGAGAGCGGCCCCAAUCGCCUGUUUAUUCGCCUUGGGUGGGCAGCGCUGUGGGGCCCUGCUGCUGCAGAGCAGCAGCUUCCUCAGGGAGCAGCAGCAGCAGCAGCAGCAGUAGCAGCAGCAGCGGAGGCUGCAUGCAGUAGACACUGGCUUGUCUCUGCUGCGCUGCUGGAGUUCUUAUCGAGCAGCGCGCGGCCUCAUGCUGCUGCUGCUGCUGCUGGGGCAGCCGUAGUAGCUGCUGCAGCAGGCAAGGCAGCAGCAGCAGUUGCUGCAGAUGCAACAGCAGCAGCUGCUGCUGUCAACAGCUCGCUGCUGCCCCCUUCAAUGCCUCCGCAGCUGCUGGUGAUGCAUGCAGGCAGAACAUACGAGGCCAUCCUCCUUGCAGAGCAGCAGCAGCAGCAACCGCAGCAGCAGCAGCAGCAGCAGCAGCAGCCGGUCAGUGCAUUGGCCCUUGCUGCUGUGUCUUCAUUCUGCAGCUUUCUCGCCUCAGCGCUGCUGCCGAGCGAUGCGUCGCAGCUAACAGCGCAGCUGCAGCAGCAGCAACAGCAGAAGCAACAGCAACAGCAGCAGCAGCAGCAGCAACAGCAGCAGCAGCAGCAGUUGGCUGCAUUACGCGGGUUGCUGCUGCUGGGUCUAGCAGACGCAGAAGUGUUUUCGCAGCCGCUCUCUUUGAUGGUCUCUCGUCUGGGGCAGCAGCCGCUGCUGCUGCUGUCUCUGCUGUCUGCUGCUGCAACAGAAGCACACGCAUGCCUCAGCAGCAGCAACCAACAGCAGCAACAGCAGCAGCAGCAGCAGGUGGAGGAAUGCGUGGCGCUGCUGGGGUCUCCAGUUGAGGCCGUGCGAGCUGCUGCUGUUGCGCUGCUGCGGCAGCUGAGGAAGCUUGUUGCUGCUGCUGAUCUACGCAGCAGCAGCAGCAGCAGCAAGGAUGCAGCAGCAGCAGCACAAGAGGCGCUUCAGCUGCUGCUGUCCCUUCACUUGGUGUCUCCUGAGUGGCUCAACUGCAGCAACAGCGAGGACGUGCAAGAGCUGUUCAUCAACGCCAAGCAGAGUUUUGUUGCAUUUGCUGCUGAGGUGCUGCGCUCGCCGCUGCUACCAGUGAAGCCGUUGCAGCUGCUGCAGCAGCAGCAGCAGCAACAGCAACAGCCUUCGCCAGCAGGUAGUUCUCCCGCUGCAGCGCCUCUGGACCCCGGAGACGCUGCUGAAGCUGCUGUUGCCACUGGCGACCGACUUGCUGCUGCGGAUACUCUCCAGCAGCAGCAGCAGCAGCAGCAGCAGCAGCAACAGCAGCAGCAACAGCAGCAGCGGUCCGAGGACGCCUCGCACGCGAGCGCGAGGCCGCCUGGCGGGCUCCCAGGCCAUAGAGACUUCAGCAGCAGCAGCAACAGCAGCACGCGAGCGCGAGGCCGCCUGGCGGGCUCCCAGGCCAUAGAGACUUCAGCAGCAGCAGCAACAGCAGCACCUGCAUCAGCAGCAGCAGGGGCAGCAGCAGCAGCUGUUGCAUCAGCAGCAGAUCCUAAGGACUACGCGCUGCUGCAGCUGACGUGGCAGCAGCUGCAGCUGCUUGCUGCAGCUGAAUUCAACGCAGAGCAGCAGCGGCCCGCGGCAGGGCUCUGCAGCAAACUGAUGGAGUCUCUUGCCCCUGCUGUUGCUGCUGCUGUGGAGCAGCAGCACGCAGCAGCAGCAGCAGCAGCAGCUGCAGCUGAGGGCGCUAAACAGCCGCAACUGCCCCCGCCUGUGCUGGAAGCUGUUGGCGAGUUGCUGCAGCUGCUUCAGCAGCAGCAGCUGCGGUUCACACCGAAGCAGCGGCUGACGCUGCUGCUGCAGCUGUCUUCUGCAGCAGCGAAAUGCCCGGGUCUUGCUGCAGUGCUGCGCAGCAAAGCUGUUACUGCUGCAGCAGAAGCAGCUCCGCUGCCGCCGCAGCAGCUGCAGCAGCUUGCUGAUGAGAUCGGGGUGGUGAGAGAGACGCAGAAAGAGUUGAAAGACAACAGCUCCAGCAGCAGCAGCAGCAGCAGCAGUGGGGGCAGCGGCAGCUGCUGCUGCAGCGGGACGGAUGUCAUUUUGUCUGACUUGCUUGGAGAUCUGCUGCUGCAGCAGCAGCGGCGCCUCACACUGCUGCAGCAGCAAAGCUACGCGUCGCUGCUGCAGCUCCUGCAGCACAUCUUUGCUGCACUACAGCGCGUGCAAGCAGCAGCAGCAGCAGCAGCAGCAGCAGCAGCAGCAACAGCAGAUGUAGAUGCUGCAGACCGUGGCCGCUUCGUCAUUGCGCAGCUCUUCGUCUGCUGCAGCAGCCAAUUCGCAGCACUCAGGACUCUGGUGUUGCUGCACAACAGCAGCAGCAGCAGCAGCAGCAGCAGAAGCAGCAGCGCCUCAACCAAGGAGAAGCAGCAGCUGCAGCAGGUUAUGUUGCUGCUGCAGGAGCGCUGCAGAGCCCUUGCUGAGCAUCACCAGCAGCUGUUGGAUGCUGCAACGCUUGCUGCUGCUCUCCGCUGCUGCGCUGCAGCAGCAGACUUAAUAAAGGCCCUGCAGCAGCAGCAGCAGGGCGAGCAUCUGCUGCACCUGCGGCAGCUGCUGCUGGAAUUCCUCUGCAGCAGUUGCAGCAGCAACCCGUUCUUGCUGCUGCAGCGGCCAGCCUUGAGCUCUGUCUGCGCGGUGCUGCACACCGUAGCUGUCAUCGAGCAGCAGCAGCAGCAACAGCAGCAGCAGCAGCAGCAGCAGGAUGAUGAUGAGGUGGAAGGGGAUCAGCAGGAAGACGGCAGCAACGGAGGCACCGGCGCAUUUGCUGCUGAAGUCGCUGUCUGCUGCUUGGCGCCUGUUGCUGCUGCUGCGUUUGCCUCGCCGCUGCAGCAGACGCUGCAGCAGAAGCAGAAUGCAGCAGCAGCACGGCAGCAGCUGCUGCCGAUUGCAAGCGCCUUGACACAAGCAGCAGGCACCUCAGCUCUCGAUGGCUGCGUUGCUGCGCUUCUGCUGCAGUGGGAGUGUGCUGCUGCAGCACGGAAGAGGGAGGCGCGUCAGCAGCAGCAGCAGCAACAGCAGCAGCAGCAGCAGCAGCAGCCGCAGGACGACGAAGCGGAAGCAGUAGCAGAGGAGGCAGAAGGCAGCAGCAGCAGAAGCAGCAGCAGCAGCAGCAGCACGGAGUGGGAGACGAGGCAAGACGCAUUCAGAAGCGUGCUGCAGCUGCUGCUUCAGCAUCAACAGCUGCAGCAGCUGCUGCAGCAGCAGCAGCAGAAGCAGCAGCAGCAAUCCACUAUGUUGGAGCACCGAGUGGCGAAUCUCGCGGGCAGCAAUCAGCUGUGUUGCAGUGGGGGUCGAGGCGUGGAGACACAGCAGCAGCGGCAGCAGCAGCAGCAAAGACAGCUUUGCUGCUUCGCUGGAGUCGCGUGGUGCAGCAGCAGCAGCAGUACAUUCGUUGCUGGCUCUGAGGGUGAGUCAAGCGUCGCUUCAGCAGCAACCUGGAGACACAGCAGCAGCGGCAGCAGCAGCAGCAAAGACAGCUUUGCUGCUUCGCUGGAGUCGCGUGCUGCAGCAGCAGCAGCAGUACAUUCGUUGCUGGCUCUGAGGCACUGGAACAGAAACUCAGGUGAGCAGCAGCAACACCAGCAGCAAAAGCAGCAGCAGCAGGACCAGCAGCAGCAGCAACAGGAGCAGCGGCUGCUGCUGCUGCACCUGCAUGUACAGCAUUUCCAGCAACGGAGAGGGUGCUCUGCGGAGUUUGGGGGCCUGCUGCUGGCGAGGGACGUCUGGGCGCCGCCUGCUGAUGCUGUUGAUGCUAUGGACGUAGAUGGCCCUGCAGCAGCAGCAGCAACAGCAGCAGCAACAGCAGCAACAGCAGCAGCGGCAGAAACAGGGGAUGGCCUGUUGCUGUCUCUGCAGGGGUUGGAAGCAGCUGGGGCGCAGCGGCUGCUGCUGCUGCUGCAGCACAAAGUUGUUGCUGCAGUGAAGGCAGCCAUUGCAGCAGAAGCAGCAGCAGCAGACAAGAAGCAGCAGCGGCAAAGAACGAAGCGACAGCGAGCUGCUGCUGCUGCUGUUGUUGCUGCAGGAGGACGAGGCUGGAGAGAUUUGCUGCAGAGCUCCACUGUGCGCCGCGAGGACAUCUCACGCGUAUAUGAUGGCUUCCUCCGUCUGUUGAAGGCAUGCAGCAGCAGCAGCAGCAGCAGCAGCAGCAGCAGCAGCAAGCCAGCAGCGGCAGCAGCAGCAGCAGCAGCAGCAGCACUGCACCGACAGGCGUGGCGGCUGCUGCCCCCCCUGGCGCUGUUGUCUGCUGCGCAGCUUCCCGGCCCGUUUGUGCAGCAUGCAGUGCCUUUAGUGCUGCAGUCGCUUUCUGCUGCUGCCUCGCUGCAGCAGCUGCAGCAGCAGCAGCAGCAGCAGCAGCAGAUCGAACAGCUGCUGCAGGGGAUGGGGUUGGAAGCAGCUGGGGCGCAGCGGCUGCUGCUGCUGCUGCAGCACAAAGUUGUUGCUGCAGUGAAGGCAGCCAUUGCAGCAGAAGCAGCAGCAGCAGACAAGAAGCAGCAGCGGCAAAGAACGAAGCGACAGCGAGCUGCUGCUGCUGCUGUUGUUGCUGCAGGAGGACGAGGCUGGAGACAGCUGCUGCAGCAGCAGCAGCAGCAGCAGAUAGAACAGCUGCUGCAGGGGAUGGUGGAUGGCUGCAGGCUGUUGGUGGCGAUGGGGCUGCGGAUGGACCGCCCUCUCACCUGCUGUGUAAAUCAGCUGUUUGCUGCAGUCCUUGCUGCAGUACAGGCAGUGACUGCAGCAGCAGCAACAGCAGCAGCAGCAGCAGCAGCAGCAACAGGUGCUGCUGCUGAUGUGUUGCACAUGCAGCAAGCGCUGCAUGCAGGGCUGUACGCCCUUGUGUGCCUCUGCGGGCGUCACAGCAUCCUCCUCUUUGGCCAGCUGCAGCAGCAGCAGCAGCAGCAGCAACAGCAGCAGCAUGGGAAUCUGCAGCAGCAGCUGCUGCAGCACGUGCUGCUGCAGCCGCAGCUGUGUCUGCUAGCAGAGCAGCAGCGGCCUGCAGCACUGAAGGGCCUCUGUCUGGGGGACGCCUCAGAGCUGGCGGGAGACUCUGCUGCCCACGACAGGCAGGAGUUGCUGCUGCAUAUGUUAGGCGUGCAGCAGCACACGCUGCAGCAGCAACAGCAGCAGCAGCAGCAGCAACUGCUGCUGCAAAUACCAGCAGACCCCAUGCAUGCUCUUGCUGCUGCUCUCCUCACCGCAGCAAAACCUGCUGCGCUACUGCAGGCCGUCCUCUCGCAGCUGCGCUCCACCGGUGCGCUGCUAGCUUCUGCCUUCAGCAGCAGCAGCAGCAGCAGCAACAGCAGCAGCAGCAGCAGCAACAGCAGCAGCAGCAGCAGUGUUGGUUCGCUGCGUGGUUCUCGGUCACUGCUGCUGCAGCAGCAGCAACAGCAGCACCAGCAGCAGCAGCAGCAGACAGCAGCAGCACUAACAAUACAGGAAGCAGCAGGAGCACGGCUCUAUGCCUUGGUCGUUGGAGAGCUGCUGCGGUCCUUCGGGGAGACAGGAGCAGCAGAAGGGCUGCUGCAGGAUGCUGCAGCAGACCUGGCUGCUGCAGUUGAGGCAGCAGCAACAGCAGCAGCAGCUGCAGCGCAGCAGAAGCACGAACAUGUGAGAUAUGCAUGCUGCUGCUGCUUCUUUGUUGUUAGUGCUACUGCUGCUCGUGCUGCUGUUGCUGUUGCUGUUGCAUCCGCUGCCCUUGCCGCUGCUGCUUUUGCUGCUGCUGUUGCUGCUGCUGUUGCCGUUGCUGUUGCUGCUGAUGUGCGCUAA